GAACAUUUUUGAGAGGGUCAGAGAGAACGUGUGCUGCAUAUAGGUCCUUGAGGUUCUUAAGCACAGAAAGAAGAGAAAAAACACAAGAAACCAAGACGUGGAUCGAGAACGGUCCUGGAGAACCAGGAGAACCAAGAAGAGACCAGGAUCAAGACCAGCAUUGGAGGAUCAAGAAGAGUUAGAAGAUUAAGGAACAAAGAAGUGGAUCGAGAACAGCGUUGUAGGACCAGGAGAACCAAGAAAGUAAAGCCAAGGUUAAGAAAAGCUUUGGACGACCAGGAGAACCAAGAAACUAAGACCAGGAGCAGCAUUGGAGGACCAAGAGGAGAUAAAAGGCUUAGAAAUAAAGACGUGCAUCAAGAACAGCAUUGGAGGACCAAGAAACCCAACAACCUAAGGCCAAGAUCAAAAACAGCACUUGAGGACUAACAGGAGAUUAAACGUCAAUUAACUAAGACGAGUAUCAAGAAGAGCAUUGAAGGACCAGGAGAACAGAUUAAUUUAGACCAGGAUCAAGAAGAACAUUGGAGCAGAUAAAAGAUAAAAAAGUGCACCAAGAAGAGCACUGGUGGAUUAAAGGCCAAGAAACCAAGAAAAAAGGCCAAGAAACCAAGAAGAGCACUGGAGCACCAGGAGACGACAGCAGUCAGGGACAGGAAACUAUUUGCUAUGAGAGAAGAGGAGACCUGUGGUGAUUUCCCUGAAGGUGGGGUGCUUCCUAAUGAAGACGAAGCAGAACGUCGCCCCAAUAAAUGCCCCGUCGUUGUUGCACCCCAUGGUUCUGGUGGACGAAAGCGGUUAACCAGCCCCAAGAAAGAAGUCACUGCCCAACUGACACCUGAGGAUAAAACUGGAUCUGAGGGUACAUCUACCUUCGCUCCCUCUGGCCCUAAGCGGCCCAAAAAGAGCUCUCCUUCCUCUUCUUCUUCAUCGUCGUCCUCGUGCUCCUCACUAGUCCCAGUGAUCAGUGCAGGUUCGCCACUUCCUGGUCAGUCUUUUGAAGAUGUCCACUCUCAGAGAGUCAUCGCUAAUGUCCGAGAAAGGCAGCGCACUCAGUCGCUGAACGACGCCUUCGCUUCUCUUAGAAAGAUCAUCCCGACCUUGCCCUCGGACAAGCUUAGCAAGAUCCAAAUCCUCAAGCUAGCAUCACGCUACAUCGACUUCCUCUACCAGGUGCUUCAGAGUGAUGAGAUGGACGCUAAACUGGCCAGCUGUAACUAUCUGGCCCACGAGCGGCUGAGCUAUGCCUUCUCAGUCUGGAGAAUGGAAGGAGCUUGGUCCAUGUCUGCCAGCCACUAGCCGCUAGCCAGCUAAUUUGAAUAAGAAACUUAUCAGAUCUACCAACUUCAGCGCUCUGCUUAAAAAUUGACUCUUUGGUCCACUUGUUGGUUCUUCUCGCUUCGCUCUCUGACCGCUAUUAGCCUGAUUACAUGCCCAAGGAACCUCCAGCUGACCCCGACGACCUUUCCUACACUCAACUUCCCAGUACUUCUGACCUUUGACCUUCAUGCUCCUGUCCUCUUUCAGGUUCUCAGCACACACCCCUACAGAUCCCUGCAUCCUCCUGCCCUCCUGAUCCAGACUCAGCUCUCAAAGCUACUGCACUCAUUCAGAUAAAAACACGGACUUCACUCUUCACAGCAGAGCUGAUCUGGAGCCUAACGCUGGACAAACACUGACCUAGAGUCAGUCUGUUUUCUUUUCAAACCCAUUGGAGCUGGAUUAGUUUUCCCAGGGGGGAGUGCGUAAAUGUAAUGUAAAGUGUGUGAUUUGUUUAGCUAACUGGUUUAAGAUUGAGUAUCUGUGUAAAUUAACUGAAAUCAUGAAAAAUCACACUAAAGCUAAUUAGAAUUCAGUUUCUGUCAUCAACAUUUAGACCACACAAGAUUUCAAAUGGUCAGUUCCACAAUUAUUACUGUCAAUUAUUACUGUAAAAACUACACACACUGCAGAUUCAUACUGGAUUAAAACCACUUUACAAUUAUUACCACCAGACUGUUAAACUACACACACUGCAGAUUCAUACUGGAUUAAAACCACUUUACAAUUAUUACCACCAGACUGUAAAACUACACACACUGCAGAUUCAUACUGGAUUAAAAUCACUUUACAAUUAUUACCGCCAGACUGUAA